GGCGGUCUUUCUGUUGCAAGAAGCAGCACUCAGUGGACCAACAGGGGAAACGAAUCGAUCUCGCCGCUGAUGAAGGCAGGCAGCUGAGAGCGAGCGGCUCGCGCUGAGAUGUUGCCGCGAGUUGCGGGAAGGUGAAAGAGCCGGAGAGGAGAAGAGAAGGGGGAGGGGGCGGGGGACCUCGCUGCUUAUUGCGGGACCCCGAUUGUGCCCUGCUCUCAUCAUAUUUGGAGGUGAGGACAAAAGAAAUAGAAAGGGGGGGAUCGUUCAGAGAGGCCCUGGAAUCCGAGUGUCGUGACGGCCCCCCCGACUGUCUGGACUGGAGGACGGCGGCGCGGCUCCACUCCAGCCCGGGGAUUCCUGCCUCAGCAGCGGGCUUGGAACCAGCAGCCUCCGCGGGCCUUCAGCGGCCACGUCGAUCAGCUCCAGCCCCCCAAACCUGGCCGCGGAGAGGGAGAGUGGUCGGAGGGAACGUGCUUUCUAGAACAUGUUGGAGUGAUGGUUGGAGGACUGGCGUCCCCGCACUUCACCUGUCAGAGUUGUGAAGUCGCUGAGUCAGCUGCUCCUGAAUAGGACUCAAACCUGAUGCUGGAUUUUCCUUCAUGUGGACGAGGACUCAUUUGGAAGUGUCAGAUUCUUAGCGACAACGGAGAGGAGGGUAGCACAAGGAGGAAUCGAGGAAACAUUUCCGGAGUCGCCACCAAAAACUCUCGCAGUUGAAAUGAACCAGUUAACUUCCUGGUGGACCGUUGAGUGACCAAUACGUCGAGCGUCUGACGGGAGCAUCGAUGGAGAGUUGGCCUGCGAGAGUGAGGAGCCCAGAUCUGCGUUCGGACGCUGGUGCCGCCUCCGUUUUCGUCCCACGCUGCUGUGAAUCGGGUGCUGGCAGGAGAACGCUUCUGGAGGAACCCAGUAAUUCUUCUGGCGGAAUGUUGUUCCAGUGAGAUUUUAUUUUGCACAUGGAGCGCCACACAGUAUGAUCUGACACGGCUCUGUUGGCUCGACCUGUCAUCGUUCCGCUGAAAGACGCUUGAGGUCGGUUGCCUCAUGUUGGAGUGCCAGUCUCCUGCCCAGUGCCAAACGUCCCGACUUCCCGGGAACAGAUGCACCUUUUGAGCCAAGUUUUACUACUUUGCUACGUUUUUAAAGAGAAGAUGGAGCGCAUCCUUGAGUGCGCCUGAUCGGUUAUCGUUUGAUCCGUCCCCCGAAGAGAUCAGACUGCUCCCCCAGCGGCGGAACUCGUGUGUCCUGCUUCAGCUUCUACCUGCCUUCGGCUCUUUCAUCGUCUUGUAAUUAACCUGAAGCCUUUCACGUCAUUUUCUGUGGAAUAUCAAGUCACAUGUAUUUUUUACGAACGUAAAACAAAAGAAUGCAGAAUUUUUCAAACAGUCCUGCGCCACACACACUACCAGGGUUCAGUGGGCGGGGUGGUGGAGGACCGCCGUAUCCCCCCCAACCAGCAGACCCCCAGAUAUCGCCCAGGAUGGCGGAGGACUUUGCUGGGAUGCAGCAACCGAGCCUGCCCCGCAGCCAUCACCACCCCAGCCAGUCCAGCCACAUGCUGGCGUACGGCGCUCGCAGCAGAGCUGCUGUGGACCCCCAGGUGCCACAGGGUAACGUGCACAGCGGCAACAGUAGUAACCCGUACAGAAAGGAGACCAUGGACUUUUACUUUUCUAUGGGCGGGAAAGAGAGACACAGAAGAGGGACGAUUGGUUACGGGGCUGGCCUUGGGUACCCCAGUAUUGAUGGACACUUGGCUCAAUACCGACAUGCCGGAUCUGGCUCCGGACCACCAUCCGGUAUGAUGUCCCCUUAUCCCGUUGAGUAUGGUACGAGCGCAGGCUCGGGGGCAGCGUCGGGAGCCUUCUCGCCUUCUCAGCAGUAUAGUUUAAAUCCUGCAAUGCAGGCCGUGGCAGGUUCCCAGGUUCAGCCCCGGCAGCUGGGACAGACCUUUCUCUCAGCCCACCAUGGUCAGCAUCAUAAGAACUAUCCCCAGUCUGGGCACAGGAUGACCCCUCACUACCCACAAUACUCCCCACAAGGUGGGACUUCAACAGGGUCUUCUGGAAUGUACAGCCCGCCUCCACAGAGAUACGGAGAUGGUGGGUUUGACUCCAAAGUCAACAGCUCUCCUUCGGUCAACCCAAGUGCAAAUUCUGUCCCUGGACCAACAGCUGCAAACAACAUGGGGCCGCUAGAGGGCGGCCAACAGAGCUACCACGCACCAAAUUAUCCCGGAUUUCCACCACAGACGGCGUCAGUUAACAAGCAAGCCACGGCGCAGCAGCGCAACUCUCUGCACAAUUCAGUGGUGGGUUAUGACAACGCUAACAAGAUGCAACACCAGGGUCCUUCUCCAGGCACCGCAUAUGCUAAACAUCACCAGGCCUCAAAUCACACUAUACCUCAAGCAGUGUCUCAUGAAAUGACCAAAUCCCCAAUGCACCCCAACGCUCAACAAAUGAAUCAGAAUUUCAGCCCCAUAUCCAACCCCUCUCCGGCGGCCUCUGCAGUCCAUUCUCCCAGCUGUAGCUCCUCUCCUUCCCCUUUGAUGGGCGUCUCAGACACACAUGGAGCCUCCUCCGCUCAUGCGCCCUCACACGCCCUCACGUCAAACCGUAGCACCCACAGUCAUGGGCGAGCACUGCAGAACAUGCCUCAGCUAAGCCCCACCCCCAACUCUAACAGCAGCGUCAGUAGUUGUGGUAGCAGUAGUAGUCAUAGAAUGCAGAACAUCAGCGGAGCAAACAAUCCUCUGACGUGUCGCGGCAAAGUUGCCGUUGGUUCUAGAGACGAGGGCUGCUCCGUUUACUCGGCUCCAAUCGACAAGAUGCCGGAUUCUGGCUUGAACAGCCUGAACGCGCUCAGCUCCCAAGUAGCCAAUUUACCCAACACAGUUCAACACAUGGCACUGACUGACACAGUGCUUUCACAGAAAAGGGGGAAGGAUGGCAGCCACAUGCAACAGGUGACGCAGGGUCUGCCACAUUCCCAACCACGGAGUCGGAAUGCUAGCGCUGCCUCCAGCACUGGCACCGGCUUCAACCCCGGUGUGGGUGAAGAUUCUCUAUCAGUCGGAGGGUUGACGGGGCCAAAGCAUGAAAGGGAAGAUCAUUUUGACGUUGAAAGUGUGAGGAUGAGGCAAAUUAGCGGCACCAGCGGUGGGUCUGAACCGGUUCAUCCAGCGAGUCGUCAAACACAUCAGCAGACAGGACAAGAAGUGAAGGUCAAAAUAUGCGACUCUCCGUCAAAAGAUUCAAAAGCUAAUGAAGUCAACAUUCCUCCUGUGCCGUCGUCUUUCGCUGGCGAUUCUCUUUCUUCGUCGCCUGCGUCUAACGCUGCCGGGCUUCCACCUCGACUCAACAACGUGCCAGAGCCAGAGCACGCGUCGAACCAUAACCAGGGUGCUGAGAAAAAGACGACCAAUGUGAAAAAGGAAACGAUCAAAAGUGAAAACGAAGACGUGAAGAAAGAGAAAAGCACUUGUCAGAUGCAGCAACAUAAAGAAAACUGCUCUCGUGACGAUGAGAAGGAGGAGAAACACACACCUGAGGACUCACAAAGUGCAGGCGGCGUCGGUGUGAUCGUUUCAGCUCGCGGAGAGGGAAGUCGCAAUGACAAGAGCAACAAUGUUCAGGAAAUCUCAUCGGUGGAAAAACAUUCACAAGCUUACUCAACACGAGAUUCCAGCAGUCACAACGGGGACGAGGGUAUGGACCUCAGUCUGUAUUCCUCCCAUCACCAAGCCCCGCAGAAGCCUUUUUUUGGUCGGCUUCAGAAUUCUCCCCAGUCUGGAUCCAAUAAAUACGCGUAUCCAGAAUCGACAUAUGGCUCAAAUUUGUCGAUGAAGAACAGGGGGAGGGAAGACUCGGGUGCUGCAAUGGAAUCCAAUUCAAAAUACUACCAACAGUCACAUACUGGUUACGCUGCUACGCACCCAAAAGAUAUUGGUUCCGUCGCCGAGGCUUUGGCCAAAAGAGCCCAGGGGGCUGGGGCCAGAAGUCACGAGGAGAAUUCUCAAAUGCAGCAGUUUCCAAGUCUCCUGCAAGAAGUUCUGCAAGGUUAUAACCUGGAUAAACGCUAUGGCCGACCAGAACAAGCCUUCCCCGCACAUGCUCAGCAACUGUUCCAAACAAGACAUUCUUACGGCAUGAAUGAGAGUAUGAGACUGCACAGUGGGGUCCUGGAGGCUCCGGGGCAAAUGAGCAACUCUGGAAAGCCCCCUCAUGCAAACCAGAGACAUCGAAGUGAUCCAGCUUUUACCACAGAUCUUCAGUGCUCCACUAAGUCAGAGCAGUCUGACACCAAGUGUUUUCAAAAGGCCGAAAAAGUGGGUGUGUCCCAGAGUCAUUUACCACAGACUGCAGAGACUCAGCAGCCGCCGCCAAAACAUAUAAACUUGGCAGACUUUUCCCUACCACAGAGAAAAGCUUCAUCGACUCAGUCCUCUGCUGUGCAAGAGCUGCUCCUGCAAGAGCCAGAGCCGCUGUCAGGCAGCGUGGGUGACGGCGAGUCUCAGAAAUCGUUAGCCCCGUCAGAGCGUCGCUCCGUCAUCUGUGAUGUGUCCCCAAAUCGACACAAUACACCAGAGAAGGAAAGCGAAAGGGAGAGGGAGAAAAGUCAGAGCGGGGCCACCGUCAUUCAGACGCCAUUUUCCUCCAAAUCGGAAGCCAAUGAUCUGAGCAAGAAAGAGAGACUGGAGAAGCAAAUGGGUAAAACAGACACCGCGUCGAAGCAGCUGGACACAGGUUUCAAUGCUGAGCAUGAAGGAGGCGCAGCUCAGGAUCAGGACUUCCAUUCCAAGUCCUCUCAUUCAUCUGUGGUGAUGAACGCCGAGCACUACAGACCAGCCCAUUCCCACGGCACUAAUCCUCUGUCCUCGCCGCCACGCCAUCCGUCCUACCUCCAUGGUGUGGAUUUGUCUUCGAGUAACGCCAGCGGUUUCCCUGCCUAUCGCUAUGGAGACACCAGAGAUGCGGGUGUGUUGCCACGGAGCGGCUCCCAUUUUCCCUCUCACCAGUAUCACAUGUCCUCUCAGUUGCAAUCUGCAAAUAAGCUUCAGAUGUACCCCCACGCUCGAGGGCCCCCGCACCCCCCACUCAACAUGAACGACUGGGUGAAAGCAAUGAACAGGCCGUCCAAGGAGAUGAUGCUGCUGCCAGGUUCUCCCCCGGGCCGACACAAGAUCAGCCCUCUGGAUCAGAGGCAGCAGCGUCUGAUCUCUCCCCCGGAUGCUGUUGCUGACCUCCACAGCAACAAGUUGCUCCAGCAACAAAGCUCCUACUUUGACAUGAAAAUGUGGGAGUCGAGUCACGCGGCACGAGAAGGUCCGAGGAUGAUGGAGGGAGAAUCAUACUUCAGAGCACAAGUGCCUGCUCCGCCGGCUGUGUCGGUGGCUUCCCACAAGGUUCCUGUCCCUCAUCCAGCCGAACCUGAUGUCUCUCGGGGCGCUGCCGAAGAAACCAAACCCCCCAGUGCUCUUCCCGCAUCUGGCUCUAUUAAGUCUCCUCCUGAGGUGAACUCGACUCAGCCCUCAGUUCAGCGACACUCCAAAACAGGCAGCAGCGGCGACACAAACCCCUUAAUGUUGAGAAGAAGAGUUCGGUCUUUCAUCUCUCCGAUUCCUGCCAAAAGGCAACUGCAGGACCCAUCUCUGCAGCGGGCUGCCACAAACUCCCAUCACUCCCCUGCUGCUCACCCCGAGUCUGCCCGUAACAACGAUGAGGACUACACUCAUUCCGAUGGUCCCCGCCUGUCCUCACCUUUACCCAGAGAUUCCUUUUCACAGCCGCUGUCUCCGUCAGGUGGGAAGGCAGUGCCUCACAGGAAGGGCAGGGGCUUGAAGCUUGAGGCGAUCGUGCAGAAGAUCACGCCGAACGUGAAGAAGCCUGCAGGUCAGCUAGACGAUGGAGCCGGCCAUUACCUGAGCUUCUCCCACUCUGAGCCGUUCAGUGACUCUCAGGACCAAGACUUUUCCAAACUAGCAAGAGCUUCAGGAGGGGACGACGCCUACAUGGAUGAAAGCAACUCAUUAAAUGAUUUGAUUCCUUUCCGAGGCGUCGAUGAAAGCGGGCCUCUGCCACUGUCUGCCUUCCCGUGUGACCCAAAAGCAACUCAGCCGAAAAAACAGGACUUUGACUUUGGACUGGGAUCAGCUGUGGAAUCCGUGACAGGGGACAAGGAUGAUUUCACUUUGCUGGGGCCGCUGCCCCCUCCGCCGCCACUGCCUCGCCCUGUCCAGUGCUCCCCUCCUCCGUCUUCAUCCGCCCUCUCUGACAUUCAGAAUUUCACCAACACCUAUCAGCAACUGGAGACCCGGCGAGGGGAACAGUCGGCUGCCAACCUCCUGCGACAAAAACUCCAAGAACCUGGCAUGGGAUUUAAUGAUUAUCCAGGCAGCAACUACUUUGGCGCUGCCCCGGCCCACCAGGCCCAGGGACACAUGCUGAAUCGACAGCAUCAGAUGUCGUCUGCUCGGUCUGGUCUGUCCCCACAGGACUGCAAGCCACCAGAGAGCACGGUACCUAAAGGCUAUUUCCCAUCUGGCAAGAAGAAGGGCAGGCCUGUCGGGAGCGUGAAUAAACAGAAAAAGGCACAAAACCAAGCCCAAAUACCAGCGCAGACUCCGAGUCAAAACACAACUGUCAAUGCUCCGCCAGCUCUGCCCACUCCUGCUACAGCUCCGACCCAAUCUCAGCCGCCCGAGGAGCCUGCAGACAUCACCGAAGCCUCUGCCGCGCCACCUAUGACUGACCAAACCAGGGAGCUCCAGCUCGCUCCACCUGUUCUAACACAGGAAGUGAAAAUGGAUGUGGAGAGUGAAGAUACACCGCCAGAGACCGACGCCAAACCUCCGCGCCAGAGACGGAGAGGUCUGAAGAACGACAAAGAGCAAGCAGAAGGAAAAGGCCGACAGAGGAUGAGGAGGAGAGGGGGCGUGGCAGUGCCGCAACUCAUGACCAAAAACGAUCUUGACGCUCCAGUGGGUCCAAGAGGGACCCUGGCCACGAACAGAGCAUUCCCAGACCCGGCUAGAAAGGGCCCAUUCAUUCCUCACAUCCACGUGGAGAACAAAAUACCAGAAAUCGGAGCCGUGUGCACGAUUGUGAACGCUCAAGAGGACAAGAUGAAAGGAGAGCGCAGCGCAGUCGGUGGGAAAUCAAGUGGCAGUGGAAUAGAUUCUCUCCUGACCUCAGCCUUGUCCUCGCAGUCAUCCAGAAGAGAGCGAGAGCUGGAGACGGAGGAGGUGGAAACCUCACUGCAGUCGGGGAAAGCGGUCCCUUCGUCCGGUUACAUCGUUCCUGGACCUGUGCUGACGGAGACCAACCACUCUGGCAGGCUGCUCUGUUGCCUCUGUCAGAAGUGGGCCAACUAUAAGCACCUUGGGGAUCUGUACGGGCCCUUCUAUCCCGCCGAGUAUGCCGCCAAGCUCCCAAAAAACCCACCCCAGGUUCGACAAAGUCACUCAGCCGCAGCCACGAACAAAGGGGGACCACAUCCCGACAUGAAUCCCCUGAACAUGGUCCCAGAAUCGCUGGCUGACGGGCAGUUCAGCAGGCUUCUCGCCAGCAGCGACUUCCCCAACAGUUUGGUCUCCGGCUCGCUAGGUUUUCCCGCUCCGGUCAGACACGCCUCCUUCAAGGAAGAGCCGAUGAUGGGGCCGGGCCUCGCCAGCUCUCACACUAAACCAUUUUGGGACAUGCAGUCGGACCACAGACCAGCACCGGAACUGAAGCGAGAGCCGGAGCCAGAGUUCGACCAGCACCCGAGCUACACGCAGCAGUCAGAAGAGGCCCAGCGACCCCAGCACAGGAAGCUGACCUCCCACCCCCGCUUCAAACGGCGGCAAAAAUCCAGCGAGAAAUCCCCCAGGAUGGUUCCGUCCAACAGUAAGGCGUCCCUGCCCUUCCAGCCUCCGCCUCCCGCCCUGGACUCCUUAGGACCGCUGGCCCAACUGGCCCAGCUGCCUCAGAUGCCCAUGGACCCCGAGGAGCUGUGGGUCCACGAAAGCUGCAUCGUGUGGACCAGCGGAGUUUACCUUGUGAGUGGGCGACUCUACGGCCUGCAGGAGGCGCUAGAUGGUGCCAGAGAAACGAGCUGCUCGUACUGUGAGAUGGUGGGCUCCACCCUGGGCUGCUACAGUAAGGGCUGCACGCUGCGCUACCACUACCUGUGCGCCAUCGAGGCAGACUGCUCUCUGAACGAAGACAACUUCUCGCUGCGCUGCCCGAAGCACAAGGUAAAGAGAGAGAGUUUUCCCAGAGCGUCCGGACCGCCAAGUCCCAGUACCUGGAGCAGUCGGAGAGAGGUUGAGGACGGCACGCCGAGCAGAUACCGUGAGUUGGGAAGGACCGAGAAGUGAUGUUGGCCGUGAGGACGCCGGACCACCAUCUGCUGACAAACUCCAGUGAAUGUACAGUUUCUCCUCUGGAUCGACAGACUUUUCGAGAGAAACGUUUCUUUUCCCCACCUCCACAGCAGGAAGGACUCUUGGACGGCCGCGAAGGAGAAGAAGGACCUGUUUGGGCCCCACAGUGUUACCGUUCUGGGACGGACCUGAGAGACGUCCAGUAUUUUGUCAUAUCCGCCGGAUCACUCUUAUGUUAGUCGUCAAUCUUGCGUAUCCUCGUCAGUAUUUACUCAUCCAGGUGGAGCGGACGCUUCUCACCGCGCUCAGUUUGGGUCAUUCCAAAGCCGGAGAGACUCCUGGACACUUGUUGCCUUGGAGGUCGGACAUGCGUUGCCUUUCAGACGCCGUGCGUGUGCGCGUGUGCGACAAAUGCUUUCUGAGUCCAUUCUUCAAAAAGUGUUCUUAUUUUUCAUCAGCAAGUUUCUAUGCUACAGGUCACGUUAUCACCUUAUUUUUCAAGAGACUGGUUCCAGACUGAAGUCAUGUGACCUGCUCGGGUCGGCGGAGAUUUAAAGGAAACAAUGUCAGACACGUGUAUCACCUACCUGUCGAUGUGUACAUGAAUACGAAUACACUCCAACAUGCUUCAAACGCUCCUCCUUGUGACUCCGUGUGCGACCUAGUUUGACGCUUCUUUUUAAAGGUUUUUAUCUCCAGACCUGUUCGACUGGGGGCUAUUAUGGGAUGCUGUCAAUCUCACAUGAAGGGGAUCUAGUUUGUGGAAGUUGUUGAGGUAAGUAGAGCAGGCGCAGUCCUGCCCGCUUCCUACAGGGGGCGCUGCCUCAGCCACAAUACGUGUGUUUGCUCCCUCGUGAGAGGAGCUUCACCUGCAGUUCAGAUUAGGUCCGUGGCUGGAACAGAGUGAAGCGAAAGUAUUUUAACUGUAGAGAAUACGUUUUUUGUUUGUUCUUAAUAUUAAUGUAUGUGGAGCCGAACUAGCCUAG